UUUCAUUAUUAUUUUAUUAUUUUUUUUUUCUCAAUUCCUUCUGGACAAAAGAUGAUUAACAGUAUACCAAAAGUAUUUACUCGUAUUACCAAUAAACAAGGUCAAGUAGUCAAACAUCUUGUUGCUCUUCGAGAAAAAAAACAAUAUCGUCAUCAAAACAAAGCUGUUGUUGUUCAAGGUCGUAAGACGAUUUCUGAAUUAUACGACAGAGGCGUUGAAGUAAGGUCCCUUGUCGUGACAGCGAAAAAGGAACCUCAAUCAGAAUCAGACAUCAAGUAUCCAGCAUCAUAUGUCUUGGAGCAUUACGAAAAGUUUCCAGCACAAAAAUAUUAUGUGACAGAUGUAAAUAUUACUAGAAAAAUUUUAGGAACAGCUUCUAAACCAGAUAACCAUGAGAUCUUUGCUGAAGUGACCAUCCCCGAUCAUGAAUACGAAUUAACACCUGAAAUGGAUCGUUUAGUAAUUCUUGAUGGCGUAAAGGACCCUGGUAACUUGGGAACAUUAGUUAGGACAGCACAAGCAUUAGGAUGGCAAAGAGGAGUGUUAACUGCAGGCACAUCAUGCGAUCUUUUUAGUGACAAGACAAUUCGUGCCUCAAGAGCGGUGUCCUUAAACUGGCCGCAUAAAAUUUUAGCAAGGGGCGAAUGGAUGAAAUUGUUAAAGGAGAAAGGAUUUACGCCUGUUGUUGCUGAUAUGUUACCAAACGAACGUCUUGGGCUCUGGUCUCCAGAACAUGGAGAUGAUUUGUCAAAGUUAGGACUAGGGUCAGGUGCAUGGUUUUGGAAUUUUCAUAAUAGACCCAGAGAACUACCAAAGAAGAUUGCACUUAUAUUAACCUCAGAGCAUCAUGGAGCACACGGUUUCGAUAGCGAACUUAAAGUAUCAGUACCCAUGCAUCCCUCUGUGGAGUCACUUAAUGUGGCCAUUGCUGGAAGUAUUUUGCUGUCUGACUUGAACAGAAUUAUGCCUUCUAAAAAUAGAUCCAUUUAAUAAAAAAAAAAAAAGUUAUUCUAUUAAUAAGUGUAUAUAAAAAUAUGUAUAAAUAUAUUUUUUUUUUGUUUGUUUGUUAAAAAUAUCUUUUCU